AUGACCUCCAAAUCAACAUCGAUCAACUCAAAAUCACUCCCAGAUUCUGCAGCCUCCGAUGGAAACACACCACACACUUGGACUACACUCAAAAAAUGUAAACUUCUUGAAUUGCUCUAUGAUCAAAUGUCCGCGGGACAUGCAACCGAUAAUGGAAAUUUAAAAAAGGAAGGCUUUGGUUGGGAUGACAAAAAAUUUACAGUUACAGCCGAUGCGCGGACCUGGGAUGAGCUCAUUCAAGCCCAUCCAAGAAGAAAUUUUGGCAAGUUGAAAGACAAGCCAUUUCUGAUCUAUGAGCUUGCGGAACGUGUACUUGUCGGCAACUUUGCACAAAGAGAUAGUGUGAAUAAACACUUACCUCCAGAUGAGGAUCCUGUCAAUGCCAUUGAUAAGGCAAACCCCAAAGCUAAUCCGACUGCGCCGGCGGCUCCGACUGCAACCUCAAAAAAGAGAAAGAAUAAGAAGACAAAGGAGGUCUUGGUAUCAAGUUCCUCUGACUCCGAUACCGAGGUUCAACUGUCCAACACCCCAAGUCAGUCUAAGAAGUUGGAUUCUUGCAAACGGAUCCGUGAGACCAAGGGGAGUGUGGUUACAAGUAGUAUUAGCGGACUGAUUGGUGCAAUCAACCAUGCAAGUGAUUUGAUCAUUAAUCUAAACAGCCAGCAAUCUCCCAAGAAGGAUUAUCGACCUGUGCAAAAGCUCUUAAAAGCCUUGCGGAACUUUUUCUGA